AUGGCAGCAGCUGCCGUGGUGAGCGUCUCCAUGGGUGUGAUGAAGCCCGUCCUGUCCAAGCUCGCCACCCUCAUGGGCGACGAGUACAAGAAGAUCAAGGGGCUGCGGAAGGAGGUGAUCUUCCUUCAGCGUGAACUCGGGGACAUGGAUGCUCUCCUUGAGAAUAUGGACAGCGUUGAUGAACUCAACCCGCAGGCCAAGAAAUGGAGGAGAGAUAUAAUCGAGAUGUCCUACAACAUAGAAGACCGUAUUGAUGACUUCAUGCACAUGGUUGAUCCUCGCAUGUCAGCACUCUACAAGGAAUCAGCAAGCCUUGUGGGAAUUGAUGCCCAAAAGGACAAGCUUGUCAGCUGGGCAAUGGAUGAAGUCAAACAAUUGAAGUUUAUGGCAAUAGUCGGAUUUGAGCCACAAUUGAUAGGGAUAUUCAAUAGCUUGCUAUCGCAACUUGGGCAACAAACAUACUCCCAUGCUUGCCAGUUGCAAGACCCUAUCAAUGCUCUCAGAAGACAUCUACAGGAUAAGAGGUACUUCAUUGUGGUUGAUGAUUUGUGGGACAUGCAAGCGUGGGAUGCCAUUCAAUGUGCUUUCCCACAAAUUAAUAAUUCUAGCAGGGUUAUAAUAACUACUCGAAUUGAGAAUGUGGCUAGAUCAUGUUGCCACAACCAAGGAUGCAUCCAUAACAUGAAGCAUCUAAGUGACCAAGACUCAAGGAAGUUAUUCUUUGGAAGAAUAUUUGGAUCUGAAGAUGCUUGCCCUACCCAUCUCAAAAAAGCUUCAUGUGAAAUUUUGAAGAAGUGCGAUGGUCUACCACUUGCAAUCAUUGCGAUGGCUAGUAUGUUAGCUUGCGAACCAAGAAUAUUGGAAGGCCAAUGGGUGCACAUCAAGAAUUCACUAGACACUAAUAAGGCAGCAACAAAAUCCAAAUAUGAAGACAUGAUGUAUAUCUUAGAUCUCAGCUACAAGAAUCUCCCACGUCAUCUUAAGGCAUGCUUUCUUUAUCUUGGUUCUUACCCAGAGGAUCAUCCAAUUAAUAGAGUUGACCUAGUGAGGCGAUGGGUAGCAGAAGGUUUUGUUAGCAACUCUACCGGGCAAGAUGUAUGGGAUGUUGCUGAGAGUUAUUUCAAUGAGUUAGUUAAUAGGAGCAUGCUUCAACCUACAUAUAAUAAGUAUACUACUGAGGUAUUAUACUGCAGAGUACAUGAUAUGCUACUUGAUUUGAUUGUGAGGAGAUGUAAGGAAGGUAAUUUUCUGCAUUUGAUAAAUGAACCAGAAGCAGUGGCAAAUGUGCAAGAUGAGGUAAUUCGCCGACUCACUAUUGUCGGAUUGAUGACAGAUAUAGAGGAUGAUAUCAAAGUGCCUAUAACCCUUGGCCAGAACAUAUCACAAAUCCGUUCCCUUGCCAUACUUGGAAAAUCCAACUGGACACCUCUACUGUUUGAGUUUAAGUUUCUACGAGUAUUAUUCCUUGACAGUUACAAUUCUAAGAUUAACAUUAACAUGAAUUGUAUCAACCAGUUAUCACAACUGAGGUAUUUAAAUGUUAGAGGAGAUGUCAUGUUGCCUUGUCAAAUACGAGGGCUGCGGCAUUUGGAGACUUUGGAUUUAUCCAUUAUGGCAAGCAACAUUGCAUUAGAGAUUGCUGAUAUGCCACGCUUGAGCCAUCUAGUUAUGUCGUGCUCUAUGAGGUUACCUGAUGGUAAUAUUGGUAAGUUGAAUUUGCUGCACACUUUGCAUACCUUGUAUCUUCAAACAAACCCACUGGAAAGUGUUAUAGGCAUGGGGCAGCUUACCUGUUUGUCAGAUUUGAGGUUUACUUUCCCCAAGGGGUGUGCACCGUUGGAAAAGGUAGCAUGCAUGGAAGCUCUAAGUACUUCACUUGAGAAACUCAGCAACCUCAGAAAACUACACAUGUCCAUCUCCUAUGGUGCAGUUGCUUGGCCUGCUGACUCGUUGUGCUCGGUUUCCCCUACUUUCCACAACCUUGAGGAGGUACACAUGAGUGAAUGCACUUUCUCUAGACUUCCUAGGUGGAUUGACCGUCUCCAAAGCCUCUGUAUGUUGAGCCUUGGGGGUGAAGCAAAUGGCCCAAGAAGAUUUUGCCAUCAUUGGGACAGGGGCACUGUCCCUACUCAAACUUGA